AGAUGGCGGGAAACCCUCAUUCACUGGUAGAGGAAUGUCUGCAACUAAGCCGAGGGCCACUGGAUAAGGGUUGUUGAUGGUAAAACAGGUAGAGGAAUGUCUGCAACUAAGCCGAGGGCCACUGGAUAAGGGUUGUUGAUGGUAAAACAGGUAGAGGAAUGUCUGCAACUAAGCCGAGGGCCACUGGAUAAGGGUUGUUGAUGGUAAAACAGGUAGAGGAAUGUCUGCAACUAAGCCGAGGGCCACUGGAUAAGGGUUGUUGAUGGUAAAACAGAUUGCAUGGUGAAAAUAAAUACAGCACCACGAUGAUUUGCUAGGUGUUUUGUCAGACUCCACAAAUAUGGAGGAAAACAAACCAAAAGCAGCUCGAGUUGCGAAGGGAACUACAGCUUCUUCCUCCGCUCGAGGAGCGAAACGAACCACCCCGGCUUCAUCCUUAGGUUGUGUUGCGAAAACAACUACAACUAUUCCUUCAUGUCCAGGAGCAAUAUCAAAUAUAGCAUCCUCAGAUCGAGACGCGAUAGAAACGACAGCUUCAUCAGAAGCACGAGGAGCGAAAGGAACUACAACUUUAUCACAAGCACGAGGAGCGAUUGAAACUAUAGCGUCAUCAGAAGUACGAGGAGCAAAAGGAACUAAAACCGCAUUACCAGCACGAGGAUCGAAAGGAACUACAACUUUAUCACUAGCACGAGGAGCAAUAGGAACUACAACUUUAUCACCAGCACGAGGAGCGAAAGAAACUACAGCUUCAUCACCAGCACAAACUGCGAAAGGAUCUACAGCUUUAUCACCAGGACGAGGAGCACAACGGACAACAGCUUUAUCAGCAGCACGAGGAGCGAAAGGAACUACAACUUUAUCACCAGCACAAGGAGCGAAAGCAACUACAACUUUAUCACCAGCACGAGGAGCGAAAGGAACUACAACUUUAUCACCAGCACGAGGAGCGAAAGGAACUACAACUUUAUCACUAGCACGAGGAGCGAAAGGAACAACAGCUUCAUCAGUAGCACGAGGAGCGAAAGGAACUAAAACUCUAUCAGCAGCACGAGAAGCGAAAGGAACAACAACACUAUUCUCACGUCAAGGAGCGAUAGGAACUAUAACUCUAUCCUCCGGUCAAGGAGCAAAAGGAAAUUCUUCAAGUCAAGGUGCGAAACAAACUAAAUAUUCAACCUCAAGUCAAGGAGUGGAAGCAACUACAUCAUCAUCCUCAAGUCAAGUAGCGAAAGCAACUACAUCAGCAUCCUCAAUCAUGAAAUCGACCGUCAUGGACGGAAGUGACGUUCUUAAUGCAAAUACUGAAGCAGGUGUGCGCGAAGUGAUAGCACACACAAUAAAAGGGAAAGAGGACAUUGAAUCGACCGUACUGGACGGAAGUGACGUCCUCAAUGUAAAUACUGAAGCAGGUGUGCGAGAAGUGAUAGCACACACAAUAAAAGGGAAAGAGGACAUUGAAUCGACCGUACUGGACGGAAGUGACGUCCUUAAUGCAAAUACUGAAGCAGGUGUGCGAGAAGUGAUAGCACACACAAUAAAAGGGAAAGAGGACAUUGAAUCGACCGUACUGGACGGAAGUGACGUCCUCAAUGUAAAUACUGAAGCAGGUGUGCGAGAAGUGAUAGCACAUACAAUAAAAGGGAAAAAGGACAUUGAAUCGACCGUACUGGACGGAAGUGACGUCCUAAAUGCAAAUACUGAAGCAGGUGUGCGAGAAGUGAUAGCACACACAAUAAAAGGGAAAGAGGACAUUGAAUCGACCGUACUGGACGGAAGUGACGUCCUUAAUGCAAAUACUGAAGCAGGUGUGCGAGAAGUGAAAGCAUACACAAUUAAAGGGAAACAGGACAUUGAAUCGAGCGUACUGGACGGCAGAGAAGAACUUUCUGCUCUUGUUGACGUUGCAAAAAGAGAAAUUCAAAAUUCCAAGACAAAGAUGGAUGAAGGGAAUUACCAAUCGCAAUGCAAAGAACUGAUCGAAGGUAUGAAAAAACUGUACAGCAACAAAUUAAAUUACGUGACCAUAUCUCCAUUGGAUGACUACAGCGAUGAAAAGUUACGAGAUGUUUAUAUGGCACCGAAAAUGAUGGCAAUGCGCAAGGACAAAAAGGCGUUUUUGAAAACAGAAAAACAAGUUAACACGUACAAGGAGGUUUUUUUAACAGAUAACACAGUUAACCCACGAAUAUUUAUUCAAGGUGAGGCAGGGUCUGGCAAAACAACAUUCUUAGCAAAACUGGCCCUGGACUGGUGUAAAGGAGUUCAUGGUUAUAUUGCAUCGGAUAACAGCGCACCUAUCUUUGCUGAUUUAGACGCACUGCAAUGCUAUGAGUUCGUGUUUCAUAUUACAUUGAGAAAUUCGGUAAACCAGUUUGACAUUUAUACUAUGAUUAAAAAACAAAUAAUGGACUCGAUCUACACCCCAACAGACCGUGAGAAAGCGUACGAACUAGUGAGUGAGAUCAUGAAACAUCAACGUUGCUUGAUACUACUUGAUGGUCUAGAUGAGUGGACAGGACCUGGAGAUCAGCACAACCUACCGACAUUGGUAGUAGAUCACAUCAAAUGUGUGAUGCUAAUUUCAACACGACCUUGGAAAUUGGCUGAUGGUAAAGUUAAACAUUCAGACAUCGACGCAUUGUUUCAACUGGAAGGAAUAAACGAGCCGUUGGCGCUAAGCAAAACUAUACUAAGCCGUUUAAUAGAUAAGGAAGAACUUGAAAUAACAUUCUCAGCAUUUACUCUUUACGUAGAUAAACAGAAGCUCGGAGAGUUAUUGUCAUCACCCAUGAUGCUCUCUGCAAUUGUGUGCUCAUAUGCAGACGGAAUAGAACUUAAAGGCUCUAAGUGUGAAAUAUACAUCCUCUUAGUGGAAAGUCUUUUUAAGAAAGCCAACAGUGAUAAGAGUACAUUUACACAUCCCCCCUUUCCUUUAUUCACACGGACUGAACACAUACAGCCAAAUGUGGAAAACCUGAAUCGUCUUGCUGAAAUGGCCUUUCAUUUGUUGUUUGUAAAUGAAAGGGAAAAUGCAAUAGUGUUUAGCAUUACAGAAUUAAAGAAAUUCAAGAUUGAUGAAAUCAAGGACUUUGCAUUAAAAUCCGGAAUUUUAUCGGCGCAACGAACUGCAUCUGCACUGCGAUCAACCUUAUCAUUUAUGUUUAUCCACUUGAGCAUGCAGGAAUUCCUAGCUGCUUAUCAUAUCGCCCGCAAUGCGAAUCGUAUUGAUGGUAUUAUUUCUAUCUACCUUAACCGUCACCCGAAAGCCUAUCUCGACAUAUCACAGGUGUUUAUAUUCCUGUGUGGACUGGAUGUAUCAUGUGCGGAAAAGCUAUCAAGCAUGAUGGAUGAACGCGAUGCUUUGAAUGAAUUGUAUUUAGACUGUCACGAAAUGUUUAUUAAAAUCAUACUUGCAGGGUUGAGAGAAGCUAAUGCAAACGGAUAUUCCGACAUUUCCCUUAAACUCAGUCACUUUUACUUCGAUGAAGACAACAUCAUUGACCUUCAUAAGGUUUGGGAAACUAACGCGGCUAAUGCCAUUAUGUUGGAAGUUGACAUCGAUGACACGAAACCCUUUUCAAACCAACGACUUUCACCUGCAAUUGACGAGUGCGCAUCUCAGAUUACAAUUGACCUUCAAUCAUGCCUAGAGCUGACAUAUCUAACGCUAGAAGGACGUAGCAUAUUGGUUAAAGAUUCUGCCAGUGUGGGCACAUUGGAAUUUCCGGUCUGCAUUUUUCUAAAUAUUGCCGAUCCAACCCAGUGCACAGAGCUUCCUCCUGUACUUCCCUCCAUCACAGACAUUUACUUGACCCGUGUCACAUGUUCCUGUACCUGGCUACGCAGUCUGCUUAGCAUGAUGCUGACACGUAAUUGUAAUAUGUACUGUAGGCUGAACAAGUGUCACUUAACUGCGUGUGGAGAGGGCGAAGUCAACACAUCAUACACGACUGGAUACAUAUCUUUAUACGUACGUCAAAACAAAAGCAUAUCAAUAAUCCUAGAUAAUGAUACCGGUCUGUGGGAGAUUCUGCAUGGUCUGAGUAUUAAGGGUCUGAGUCUGGAUGGUCGUGGGGAGAGCGGUUGUAGAGUGAAUCAUGAAAAGUCGUUCUCACAGACGAUAGCAUCGCUCUCAAAGCUGGAAGAACUAGAUAUUACAAUGGAUGAAUUGACUCCUUGUGUGUGGGAGGCUCUCCGUGGUCUGAAUAUCAAGAGUCUGGCUCUGGGCAGUAGGGAGAGGGGAGAGUUGCAUGCAGAGUCGUUGACUCAGUCGCUAUCAUCACUCAAGAGGCUGGAAACACUUGGAAUUGGUGUGACUGAAGACAGUCCUGGUCUGUGGAAGGCUCUCCAUGGUCUGAAUAUCAAGGGUUUGAGACUGGAUGGUUGGAAGGGGGAAGGAUUGAGGAUAAAUCAUUCACAUUCGUUGCCUCAGUCGCUAUCAUCGCUCAUGAGGCUGCAAAAACUUGAUAUUCAUGUAGCUGAAGAUAGUACUGGUCUUUGGGAGGCUCUCCAUGGUCUGAAUAUCAAGAGUUUGAGACUGGAUGGUUGGAAGGGGGAAGGAUUGAGGAUAAAUCAUUCACAUUCGUUGUCUCAGUCGCUAUCAUCGCUCAUGAGGCUGCAAAAACUUGAUAUUCAUGUGGCUGAAGAUAGUACUGGUCUUUGGGAGGCUUUCUAUGGCCUUAAUAUCAAUAAGCUGCGUGUGUUUUGUAAGGGUAGAGUAAAUUAUAAAGAGUCGUUGUCUCAUUUUCUAGCAUCGCUUACACGGCUGGAAACACUUAGUAUUGAUGCGCAUGAAGCCUGUCCUGGUUUGUGGGAGGCUCUCAAAGGUUUGAGUGUCAAGAGUCUGACUAUUAAAGGUGGGAACAAAGGUUUCGAAUUAAAUCAUACAGAGUUGUUGUCUCAGGCACUAUCAUCACUCACACAGCUUGAAACACUCGAUAUGGACGUACGUGAGAACAGUACUGGUCUGUGGGAGGCUAUCCAUACUUUGAAUAUCAAGACUCUGAGUCUGAGUCUUAUUUGGAUUCAGUGGACCGAUUUGCGUACAGAGUCGUUGUCUAAAUCACUUUCAUCUCUCACACGUCUAGAAACUCUUAAUGUUAGUGUGUGGGCAGAAAUGUAUGCAGUCUGUAGUUGUCCUUGGAAGGCUCUCCAUGGUCUGAAUAUCAAGAGUCUGAGUCUGAGACUGUUUCUGAGUCAUGAUCAGAUUGGUAAAUGUAAAGAUUUGCAAGCAGAGUCGUUGUAUCAGUCAUUAGCAUCGCUCACACAGCUAGAAACGCUUAGUAUUACGUUAAACCCAGACAGCCGUGGUCUAUGGAGAGGUCUCCAUUGUCUGAAUAUAAAGAGACUGAGCCUGAAGAGUACGGAGUGGGAAGGCUGGCAUACAAAGUUGAUAUCCUUGUCAAUAUCAUCGCUCACACAGCUGGACACUCUUUGUAUAGAGAUGGAGUGUGAUAAUCCAGGUCUGUGGGAGGCUGUACAUGAUCUGAAUAUCAAGCAUCUAAGCCUGAGUGGCUUGAGGAAACGUACUGGAAUUGAUGUGAAGCAUACAGUGUCGAUGGCAAAGACACUUUCAUCGCUUAAACUGCUAGAAACACUUAGUAUUGAUUUGGAGUAUGAGAGACCUGGUCUAUGGCUGGCUCUCCGUGGUCUGAACAUCAAGAAUCUGAGUCUGAGUGGAGUUCGUAAAUCUUCCGGUAUUGACGUGAAGCAUGCGGAAACGUUAUCUCAGUCGCUAUCAUCACUCAAACAGCUUGAAACUUUAAUAGUACAUGUGCAUGAAUACGUCGCUCUGCAGGUACCUCAAUCAUUGAAGUAUUUAAAUAUCUACUCAGACACCAUGCUUCCAUCCAAAUUGCGCGAACUUGUGUACUCAUUGGCUACGUGUACUCAUACAAUUGAUAGUAAGCUGGAAUUUGGUUGCGCUUCUAGUGUUGAUCCUUCAGAACAAAUCCCAAUUAAGGAAUACAUUCCAAUUCAACAGGAACUUGCUGCACGGAAAAAUGUUACAGUAAAACGAUUCCGAAUAUAUGAAUGGCUUGAUUCUGCCGGUUGUGCCAUGUCUGUACCUGACAUUGGUGAUGUUGAUGACGUUGCUAGCGAUAUCCUUAAAGAUGAUGUUUAUAAAAGAUUCGCUAAAUAUAUGGACCUUUACAAAAUGAAUCGAAUUUCAAUGAGAAUUCAGAUUAUUCCCGACUCACUGUCUUGAAUUAGCGUACAUUUUUGAUGGAUACUAAAUUAAAAUGAUUCUGAUUUUAUUCAUGUCUUGAAGUGUUUCUGAUACUCUUUAACAAUCGAAACUGUUUAAACAUGAUGUGUUAAAUACUUUUUGUUGUUGUUGCUCAAUACAUGAACUUAAGCUAUACCAUUAUGCUAUCCUUAUGUGUUUUUAAACUUCCGACGAUAGGUUUUACACGAAAAUAUGGCGGAAACACAUUAUCUCCCGAUUUUAAAACGGUCUCAGUCUAAUGUAUGUUGACAUUUAUUUAUAACAAUAUAUAUUUAUGUUAACCUCAUCUUUAAAAUAGAUAUUGCGCCGGAGCUUUUCUCUAACAUGUAUUAAUUAUAAAAAUCAACACAAUGGUGUUAAAGGGGCCUUUUCACAGAUUUUGGCAUAUUUUGAAGUUUUUCAUUAAAUGCUUUAUAUUGAUAUAUGUAAAGAUUGGAUCUGAAAAGCUCCAGUAAAAAAUAAAGAAUAAAAUUUAAAAAAGGAAAAAAGUAGCCGGUACCAGGGCUCGAACCAGUGACCCCCGGAGUCCUGGAGUUAGUCUGAAGUAAAAGCUCAUUAGCCCCCUCGGCUAUUCCGCCGGGUAUACACAGUUUAAGCAUUGUAUACCUCAUAUAAGCAAUCUCCGUAGUUUCGUUAAUUUAAACAACAACAGAACUCUCCAAAUUAUUCAAUCGUUUCGCGUUGCAACGCUUUAUCAUUUUCAAAUCGUCAAAAGAUACAUAUAAUAGCUAUAUUGGACUAUGGCAAAUGUUUAGUAAUACUGUUUCCUCACAAAUAUCAUAACUAAAACGAAAAUUUGCGAAUCUGAAACAACUUUUUUCAAUUUUGUCAAUUUACCAAACCGUAAAAAGAUCCCUUUAAUAAGUCUCCUAAGUCGUUAAUGACUUGAUAUUUAAAUCAGGGAACAAAUGGCAUGAUGAUUAUUUUGACCACAGAGCAAGUGGCACACUACUAAACGAAAUAAAACUAUAGACAGAUAUUAAUAGAAUAUAAACUAUUAUGUCUGAAUGUCUGUCUGAUAUUACGUUUUUUGCUUUGUGUCAAUGUUAUUGUACAUGUUUAAAUUAAAUGUAUGCCUUUGUUUCAAUGACUAAUACAAUUUGGAACAUAUUGAUACAAUUUUAUUAGUUCGCUUUCAAGCAUGUACACGUUUACACAAUUGUCAACGCAUUUGAAUAACAUAUAAAUAUUGAAUUAUAUAAAAUAUUUUAAUUUCUUCUUUUUAAAAAUAUAAUUCUAACCGCUUGAUAUGUUCAACUGUAUCAUAUUAAUAGGUUUGUAUUUGCAUGUUAUGCAUAGUACCUGUCAUGUUGAACGUUUCCAAAAAUAGAACCCUUUAAACGUCGAUAAUGAUAGAGUAUUGUUUUUAGAUGUUACAAUAAAAAAAUAGUUUUAUAAUGCACAACUACAUGCAUUUGUAUGUAGUUCUAUGUUCUUAAAUAAUGUAAUUAUAUAAAUGUAUAUGUCUUAUUAUUAACCAGUUGCGGUAGUUUCGGAUUACUCAAUGAUUGAACGUGUGUUGCUUUUUAAUUGAUUGUAAAAUAAGCGUUGUCAUGGUUGAAAUACAAAUAAAAUUAACACUGUU